AACACCAUUAAACAAUACAGCGGCUGAGAUUUCAACGUUGUUGCGCUUCAAGCAGUUAUAAAGACGUUUUAAUAGAGUUAAUGAACACAUAAAUAUGCAGUUUGUUUUAUGCAUUAGUUAGAUUUUAAUAACACGGAGACACUAAUUGAUCAUGAGUCAGUCAGAAGGGAGCAGCACUCCUCCACCCGGAGGUGAUGAGAAUCAGAGUCACAGCCAGCCAGAGGAGGCCAUCAAUGCAUCAGCUCCCGAGACUGAUUCACAGGAAGUACACACCGGCUCGCUUUCCACCAGUCUGGCCCUGCAGAGCCUGGACGAGCUUUUCUUAGUGGACAUGAUCAGUGGAGAUAAAAUGGCCCGACUAAAGGCCAGCCUCAGUUUGCUGCAUGACACAUUAAGAAGUGCUCAGGAGUCUGAGCAGAAACUGCUGCAGGAGGCGAAGUGUUUCCAUGCAGAGCUGAUGCGGCAGCAGCAUGAGUUGGAGAAGGCAGAGCUAUUUAAAGAAGGCCAGCACAUGGAUGGCAGCUGCAUGAGACAACAGCUCUUACAGUUUCACAACAAGCUCCGAGAGGCUGAGGAGAGAGCGCACCAGAUGCAGUACAAACUCGAGUGUCUCCAGGAGGAAAAGAUCUGUCUCACGAAAGAGUACGAAAGGCAACCAAAGUCUGCUGAGCAGGAGAAUAGGUCCAUGGCUCUGAAGGAGAGCUGUGAGAAGAUGAAGAAGGAGAUCACCCAGAGGCAUCAGGAGAUCAGGACAUUAACGGAGGGCAUCAAGGCGUGUGAUACACAGCUGCAGGAGGAGCAACAGGAGCUAGAGGACAAAAAUGAAAUGAUCAAAAGCAAAGAGGCUGAACUAGCUCAGCUGAUCUCCAUUCCUGGUCAACUGGGGAAAGAAAUUGAGAGGAUCAAUUGCAAAAUGAAGAAUGUACAGAAGCAGAAGGCUGCACUUGAGAGGCAGCUGCUGGAGCUGGCGGAGAGGGUGAAGCAGACACAGGUGGGCUGCAGGCAGCUGGAUGAAGAGUGCAAGAGCGUGAUGAAGGAGCUGAAGGGCUGCAGGGCUCAGCUGGAGGUGGCUCAGAGAGAGAGAAGCAUGCUACUCAAAGAAAAGGAGAUGACCAAGGAGGAGGAGGCUGUCCUCCUUGAGCAAAGGGGUCUGCUGGAAAUCAACCUGAACCACAUCAUGGAGGAGAGAAAGACCCUUCAUGACAGCCUUGUUAAGAAGGUGCAAGAGAAGGACCGGCUGCAGCGCAGGUUAAAAAACAUGCUACUGCAGCACACUUUGUCUAAAGAUGCCCUGCUCCACAUUCAGGAGCUCUACAACAAGACGAAGAACCAGAGGGAUAUAAUGCCUAAGGAUGAUGACUUGCUACAGAAAAUCCAUGAUCUGCAAACAGAAGUAGACAACCUGAAACUGAAAGUUGUCCAUCAGCAGUCGGUCUCGGGUGUUGAGGCCCAGGUGGUUGAGCAGUGUAUAGAGCAGAAACAGGCUCUGAUAAGGGAGUGCAACCGCCACCAUGAGGAGUUGCACCACCUUCAUGCCCUGACCCGCAUUAAAGCAGACGAGAGAGAUCAGAAGAGCCGAGAGCUGCUCAAAGCUCAGAUGAGAUGCAACCAGAUCAAACAGGACAUCCGAGGAAAACAGCUACAGAUUCUGGAGCACAAGAAACAAUACCAGGAGAUUCAGUCAAGACUCUGUGUUUUCGCGAAGCUGUAUGAUACCACCAAGGGAGAGCGAAACAAAUGUGUAAACCUACUACAGACUGCAACCCAGCGCACGACCAAGAUGAGGGAGAAGUUCAAAAUUCUGAAGAAUGAGAUUGAGAUUCUCCACAGUGAAACCAUCAGAAAAGACAGGCUGCUGCAGAAGUCUCGACUGAAGCAUGUACACAGCCACACAAUUAGGGAUAGCUUGAGGAAUGACGUAGCCAAGGUGACCUGGAUGCUUCAAGAGAUGCAGCGCAAGAGUGAAGAACAGAGACUCAAGAUUAUUAAACUCGGACAAGUGAUCAGUGCCCAGGAACAAGACCUGCUGCACAUGCGCAAGAGCCACGAUGCUUCUGUCCAGAGCCGCAAUGAACGGGGUGUGCACCUCCUGGAGAGAGAGGAGGAGAUGUGUGUCCUCUAUGCAAAGGUAAAUGUGCAGGAGAGUCUGAUCUGUGAGGGGACUCUACAGAUACAGGCUCUGGAAGAGGAGAUCUGCUCUCUUAAGAUGCUAAUUAAUGAGGAGAGGAGACAAAUCAACCUGAGUAAAAAACAGUUGCCCUGCAAGAAACCCCUGGAGGAUGAGUGUGCCUUACUGCAGAUACAGCUAGCUGAGUGUAAGGAACACAAUUUAUCCCUGGAGAAGACUCUUGAGGACCAAGUUACAGAGAGGCCAUUGCGUAAACUGAGUGGUGAAGAUCCAUCUCCUCCUGAGCUCAUCAAGAAGAUAGAACAGCUGGAGGUGCAGCUGGCAGUGAGAGAGGCUCAGCUGCUGGAGAAAGAGUUGAUCUAUGAGCAGGUGACCCGACUGUCUCAGCACAUUCGUACAAAGGCAGAUAACGGUAAAGAGGACACACUCAGACUGGCCAAGAAGGUCAAUGAGUUCCAGAGCCGCAUUAAGGAGUGCACUAAGAAGUUGAUGGCUGUAGUGUCAGAGUUGGCCAUGCGUCAGACGCAGGCUCUGUGUCUCCAGCAGGAGCUUCGUGAGAAAGAGUUUGAGCUUGACUUGUGCCAAAGAAGACUGGAGAUGGGACUCGCACCUUCUGACACCAUAGAGCAGGAGUGGUUGCGCCAAACGCGAGCCCAGCAGAAACGCCAGAUGACUGAGGAGGAAGAAUGGAGUCAGCUUCCAAACGGAGUCCACACCACGGCAGACUUGCGGCCCAAUUCCUACAUCCCAGCUGAAGGUUCACUACCUCUGCCCAAACCCUAUGGAGCCCUGGCACCUUUCAAACCGAGCGAGCCUGGAACCAACAUGCGCCACAUCCGCAAGCCUCAGCCCAAGCCCCUUGAGAUCUAG